AAUAGCGUGAAGACGAGAGGCGAAUAUAAAACGUGAAAAUUGAGCGAGGCUUCACAUUUGUAUGGCGAUGGUCAUGGUCUCUCCAUCGAUUACACAGCUGACUACUACUAGUACACUGUGUUUGACUCGCCGGAGCAUCUACUUCAUUUCACCGUCGUCCUUCCGUUCGCCGCCGUCAACUAUCACUCAUCAAUACUCGUAUCCGCUCUCAAAGCAAACCAGACGUCCGUUAAAUAUCAUUUCUGCAGCUAAUUUGCCUUUCGACCUCGCCCCUCCUCCUAUCGAUCAUGACCUCCUCGAUACAGCUAUAUCUGCUGGGGCUAAAGUGUCAGAAGAUGGGAUUGCAGAAACAUUUAAUAAUGAUGAUGAAGCAUUAGACACAGUUGAUAAAGGCACCGUGGUUGUGGACCUCUCUCAUUAUGGCCGGAUUAGAGUCAGCGGAGAAGAUCGUGCCCACUUCCUCCAUAAUCAAAGUACCGCAGAUUUUGAUUCUCUUCAUGAAGGGCAGGGAUGUGACACAGUUUUUGUAACUCCUACCGCUCGGACAAUAGAUAUUGCUCAUGCAUGGAUCAUGAAAACUGCAAUUACAUUGGUGGUUUCACCAGAAAUUAGUAGAAGCAUCACGGAAAUGCUAAACAAGUAUAUAUUUUUCACUGACAAAGUAGAAGUUGAAGAUAUAACUAUGCGCACAAAAUUGUUUGUACUAGUUGGACCUAAUAGCAACAAAGUCAUAAGCAAUUUGAACAUCAACGAUCUUGUUGGACAACCAUAUGGUUCGCACAAGCAUUACAGUGUGAAUGGGAUGCCAGUAACUGUAGCAGUAGGAAAUGUAGUCUCUGAAGAAGGCUUCUCUUUGAUGAUGGCACCUGCUGCUGCAGAUUCUGUGUGGAAAGCUCUUUUAAGUCAUGGUGCUAUACCCAUGGGCUCAAAUGCAUGGGAAAAAUUAAGGAUUCUUCGAGGAAGGCCAGUACCAGGAAAAGAGCUUACCAAUGAAUAUAAUGUAUUGGAGGCUGGUCUCUGGAAUUCGAUAUCUUUGGACAAAGGUUGCUACAAAGGACAGGAAACGAUUUCAAGACUAAUAACAUAUGAUGGCAUCAAGCAAAAAUUGUGGGGCAUAAAUUUAUCUUCGCCAGUGGAACCAGGCAGUUCUAUUACUAUUGAUGGAAAGAAGAUAGGAAAACUGACAAGUUAUACAGCUACAAGAAAGAAUCCUGAGCAUUUUGGUUUAGGUUAUGUCAAGAGGUCAGGUGCUUCUGAGGGAGAUACUGUAACUGUUGGAGAUAAUGUUGUUGGCAAAUUGGUUAAAGUUCCUUAUAUUGCUCAUCAGCGUCAACCACCGCAGAAAACAAAGUCAUAAUGGCACUGGAAGACGCCAGCUUACACCAUACGGAUAGAAGAUCAUUUUAAUUUGCCAAUAAUAUAUGAUUCUUAAUCUUUAGAUUGUAAUCUGUGAUAGGCUUGCUCCACAUAAACGUGGCUGGUGAAAAUCUUACUAGGUACUAAGGUCUAAGUGAUACAACACAUCCUUAUUCUUACCAGAUAAUUAGCACUUAUCUUAAUGCAGAAUUGACUGGGAUACGUGUAUUUGCAAAGCUUUUUUUAAUUUCCCAGUUUGAGACCCUUGAUCUGCAAUGGCUGGAUAAUAUAGAAAUAAAAACAAUUUUUUUCCCCUUAACAAUCUUAGCCUGAUAGUUCACAAGUUGGUAUUACAAAAUGAAACACAAGAUGGAUUGGUGGAGGUGUGGUUGAUAUAUCUUAGAGACGGAUGUAAAAAUUUGUCUCCUCAGUGUGCAUGCCUUGCCAGCGUCUCAUGCUGUCCCUGUCUCUUAUCAGGAGCUCUACUAUGUGAUUUUUAGUAAAAUCAUGUCUUGUUCAUAGCAAUUUUCGGUUUAGGGCUGCGAAAAUCUCUGACUAGUGACCUUGACAUUUAAGAUAUAACAAAUAACACAUAUUUCUAGGGAGGGUGAGGAGGCUAAGACGAUAAUUUGCGGUAAAAG